AUGGAGAUCACGAUUAUAUCAGCCGAAAACCUCUGCAUGAACGGAAAACCAAUAAAAAAGGACACAUACGUUGUCAUUCACACGCAGUCAAGCACCAAAUUCUUCACAACGAGGACACAAGAAGAGGGUGGGAGCAACAACCCGUCAUGGAACGAGAAGUUCUUGGUUGAUGGAACCAACUGCAUCACGUUGGAGGUGCAAUGCAAGACAUGGCUCGGUGUUAAAAGUGUGGGAGCAGCACGAAUAGCGGUUUCUGAGUUUAACUUUGAAGGGUUUGUGGCAGAAAAUAGCUUGCAGUUCUUGAGUUAUAGGCUUUGGGAUGAGAAGGGUAAGAGAAAUGGGGUCAUCAAUUUCUCGGUGAGGGUGGUGAAGGCACCACCGGAGUGUGAAUCUUCGGGUUCGAUGGUGGAGAUUGAAAAGAAUUUGAGAGGGUUUGGGACGCAAGUGACAGUGGGUGAGAAUGAUGAUUCCGCAGGAAUUGUCACAGGGGUUCCUGUUUUCUGGAAUUGCCCUCUCAAUAUUCCAAGAUGA